CAGGGGCGGAAGCGGCGGGGCCGCGCUGCGGGAAGGGCGAGCGGUGUGAGGAGAGCCGGAGCCCCUCGGGCAGGAUUCAGCGUUCCCAUCCCUCGUCUCCGCCUGGCUGAGCCGGAGCUCUUCGCCGCUGCACUGUACAGCCUGGCACCUUGAUGGAAACAGAUGUUCAUGGUGGUCCGAGAUAUUUGUGGGGGUUAAAAGAUUUGAACUCCAGCUGAAUAAAACAAGGGCUGAAAGUUGAAGGAUGGCAGCAAAUCCUUCAGGACAAGGUUUCCAGAAUAAAAAUAGGGUUGCAAUCCUGGCAGAACUAGACAAGGAGAAGAGAAAGUUACUUAUGCAAAACCAGUCUUCCACAAAUCACCCUGGAGCCAGCAUUGCACUUACAAGAUCACCUCUGAAUAAGGAUUUCCGUGAUCAUGCUGAGCAACAGCAUAUUGCAGCACAGCAGAAGGCUGCACUGCAGCACGCACAUGCACACUCCUCAGGAUACUUCAUAACUCAAGACUCUGCAUUUGGAAAUCUUAUUCUUCCUGUCUUACCUCGACUUGAGGCAGAAUGAGGAAUGUUGUUUGUCUCAGAAAUUCAAGAUCUGAUUGUUGACCAUAGCAGGAGCUGUCUAACCUUUUAAUUUCUUUAUGUAUCUUAAAACCUACUUUUUUUUUUUUUUUUUCUGGGUUCUUGCAAAUUCCAUUCAAGAGUGUGAGCUCUAGUGAUGGGGAAAUAGUGUUGAAAAUUUUUUAUCCUGCAUUUCUGUUCCUCUGUCGGGUCAAAGUCAAAUGCAAGACUUUUCUUGGAGUUUGAAGUGCACAGGGUUUGCUCUUCCCUGUUUCAGUGCUUCCUUUAAAUAAAUGUCCAAACCAGAUUCACCAA